CGUCGUCUUCCUUCCUUCAUAGGGAUGCUCGCCUCGCGCAACGCGCAAGAACGAGAUCCAGCAGGCCAGGAACGCAAAGCUGUCAUUAGACAGACAUACAUCUAUGGUCCAUCGAUCUCAUCGACAAGCUCAUACGUGCAUGCUGCCGUGCGGCGGAACGCAAUUCGUCCUCGCUCGUUCGUGUACUGCAGCGUCCACCAAGCUAGGUAAAGAAAGGCCGGCAUCCGUCAUGGCCUCUCUGAGGCAUCGCCGCGGCGGCACCGGAGCCGCCAACGACUACGACGACGAUGACGUCCAUGACGACGGCAGCGGGACACCGCCUGGCACUGACACCGCCACGGACGAGGAGCAGGAGGAGGAGGAGGAGGAGGAAGAAGAAGAAAAGGGAGAAGAGGAGGAGGACCGCCAGAUGCAUCACCUGGGACUCCACUCCAUGACUGCAAAGGGCAUACAGCACCUGUGCUCUGAGCUCCUCGAGAUCAAGAAGGCCUCGGAGCAAGACUUCAGCGCCAAUGUUUAUCUCAGCUACCUCUCCUUCAUCAGGUACAUAAACAAAUAAAUAGAUUCGUGAGCCGUACAUACAUACGGGCACCCUGGUCUGCUUAUCCAUCGAUUGUCUUGAUCGACGGCGGCUCAGGAUGUUCCAAGAAGCCGGUGAUCUGGACAAGGACGUCCACCACCUGAAACGUCAGGUCAUGGCGCACAGGCGGCUGGUGCAGCAACUCAGCGCCAACUGCCUGUACUCGUCUUCAUCAGCGUCGAUGGUGCUACCUCGCUCCGGCUCCGAGGAUGACGAGGCCGACGCGGAAGGGGUCCUCCUCCCGGACCGUCAGGGCGAGCGCGACGAGGACCUGGAGCUGGACGCGCUUCUGUCCGAGCACCGGACGGACGAGGCCAUCCAGCUGCUGGAGCUGCAGGCCGCCCAAGCGCUGCGGACGAUGCAGCAGCAAGCAGGGGCAGCCGACGAAGCCGAAACGGUCGCGCGGGCGCUGGACGCCAGGAAGGCGAGGGUCGCCGGCCGCCUGGCUUCCGUGGCGGGCAACCCGCGGACGCCGCGGCCCGAGCUCCUCAGGGCGCUGUCCGGCCUGUGCAGGCUCGGCGACGCGGAGCAGGCGAACCAGCUGCUCCUCGGCCUGCACCGCGGGAGCGUCGUCCGCGGCGUGGAGGAGCUGCGCCUGCGCGCGUCGCAAGGAGGUCACCUGCAGCUGCAGAGCAGCGGCGCCGGCAGCAGUAACUACAUCAAGGACCUCGCGCGCGUGGUCUUCUCCUCCAUCGUGCGCACGUCGAGGGGCUUCGUGGCGCUGCACGGGCACCCGUCGCCCUACACCGCCCGGCUCGUCCGGUGGGCGAGGGAGGAGAUGGAGGACCUGAGCGCCGCCUUCUCCGAGUACGUGAGGUCCGUGUCGUCGCCCGCUGCCGCUGCCGGCCACAGCUUGGCUCUGGCGCUGGACGCCGCGGAGUGCGCGGUCUCCUACACUCCCCUGCUGAGGGCCGUCGACAUCGUGGACUCCGAGCGAGACGUGGUUGGCCUUGUCGUGCCCUGCGUCCGGGACGCCGUGACCAUGUAUGGCAGGCAUCUCAAGGAGGUGGUCCGGCUGCUGGUGGAUUCCGACGCCUGGGUGCUGGGCAGGUUCCUCGUGCCACCUGGACUAAUGAUGCAGGGUGCUGGAGCAGCGCUAGCUGAGUACUGCCUGCUGACAACCAACGGAAGGAAAUUUGUCACCCUCAUACAGGAGGUUGUGGAAGACGUAGCGUGGCCGUUGCACAAGCUUGGGAUCGGGACGAACGAUUCAGUAGGCCUGCAGCUCGUGGCGGAGCUGUUCAGGGAGUACAUGCACUCCAUCGUGGAGCUCAUCCCCAGAAAGGAAGCAGCAGCUGCUCUGCAAGACGAAGCCAGCGGCGACGCGCAGUACACGUGGCAGCUCGCCGUGCUGAUCAACUGCACCACGCUGGUGUCCCUGUUUCCGGCCAUCGCGUCCGGCGUCUUCAGGACACCAGCAUCAUCCACGUCGGGGUUUCCGGCGUCAGCACAGAGAGAGGUGGACAGCCUCGUCUCGCUGGUCAAAGAAGCGGCCGGGCAGGUGUGGAGCUGCUUCUGCCAGCAGUUCGUACGAGACACCAUGGCGUCGUCAGCGCAGGGCCGCUUCGGAAGCGGCACGCCGCCGCCGCCACAGGGCGUGACUAUGCCUUCCAUGGCCUUCCAAGUGGUGUUCCUCCGGGUGAGGCGUCUGGUCGAGGUGUAUGGCGCCAUCAUGAGCGGCGAUGACGGGACGACGAAGAAGCUGCUGCAGGAGCUGAUGGAGGCGAUGGUCUGCUGGCUCUCCACCAACCUGGAAUCGUGGGCCGUCCAUGGCGACGCCCAGGCCCAGCUCGACGUCCAUUUCCUGCUGGAGCUCGCGCAGCUCGGUGGUUUCUCCUCCGAGAGCAUCAGGAGCAGCGCGAUGGACUUGAUUACCAAAGCACAGGAGAAGGUGGCGGGUGGCGAACAGGACGAUGCCGUCCGCGAGGAGCGCUGCGGCGGCUGGGCUGCAGAUGCUGCAAAGCACGCUGUGCAGGUGCUGCUAGCGACGGAAGGUGGAGACGUAGCGGCCGGGAACGACGCUGGGGAGGAACGCGAUGAGAUGGCAAGGAGGAGCAGCAAUGACGAAGAAGCAGGCCAAGAGGAAGCACCCGAAGGUGAGAAUGAGGAUCAUGAGGAUGAGAGUGGGGCUGCCAACAAGUCCAGCGACGAGUUCGUAAGCAUGGAGGACGAGGACGAGGAUGAGGGCGAAGAGGAUGGCGUAAGAAUGCCUGCUCGUGCAGCUUUGUCGUCAGAGAGUCCGAAGCCCGGGCACUCAGCAUUGGGCAAUGGAGAGGAGAUGGCGAACAUUCGAUCAGGCCAUCAUCAUCCCGAGCUUGACCAGGCUGAGGGCGGAGGUGACGACAGUGUGCAGGCUGAUGACGAGACACGGGAUGGAGAAGGGAUGUGCCAUGGUGCCAUACAGCAGCAGGUUGAAGAGCAGAGCAGCAGUAGCUGGGAAGACAUUGAUGGCGAAGGAGGCGGUGGUGGGAGGAGCAGCACGCGGCGUCAGUCAACUCCUCCUGUGAUGGCGGCAGGGAAGGAUGCUCCUACCGGGAGCAGAAAGAAGAGGGAGGCAGUGAGCAGAAGCAGCAAACCCAGCAAACCCAGAUGGCAUGUAUAACUGAUAGGGGUGGGUGUAAUAGUAUCAA